UAGAUCUUUUUUUUAAUCUCUUUAAUCUGGUGGACUUAGUGAUCCACUUAAAUAUUUUUAAAGGCUUUCUGCAUCUAGUACAUCUAGGAAGUUUCUAUUGGUUGUUUUACCUUGGGGAGAAAAGUUUCCUUUGAGUGCCAUUUUAGCCCUUCUUGUUAAGAUGUUUCCCAUCUUAGCCGCUGUUGUCAUUUGGGUAUCUUAAGAGAUUUAACUGGGAGUAAAUUUCUGAAAUUGUGUGUGUUUCUCUCUGACCCAACAUUUCUCAAAGUUUUUAUUUUAACUUGGAUUAAUUUUUCUCUCAGAUGUCUUGGUGCCCUCUUUCCUUGGUUGCCUGUAUAUUUUUCUGACUCUUUUGUUUGUUUUUCUAGUAAUUUUGAGGAUGCUUUAAUUUGUUAAUCAAAAAUCUGAAUUGUAGUGAAGGAGAAAUAGAUUAGGACAUUUAUUGGAAGACAGAGCAGAAGUAACUGCUUAAGAAUUUUGCAGAUAUACGGAGGAAAAGCAUAGCUUUGUAGAUGUGAGAUUCUCUUAUUGUUUCUGUAUUAAAGUUGUUGAAAAGAAAAGCCAUUGCAGGUAAUCAAAGCAGAUUUGAAAAUUUAGGAUUUUGUGAUUCAAUUUUAAAAGUGAAUUAUUCGUGUCUUCUGAUUUUUCUAUAGUCAUAUAGUUAGCUGAUUUUACUUAAUAAUUGGGUGCUAUCUAGAACUGCAGGGGCAUUAAUUGAAAGCUUUGCAUUCUGUUGCAUAUUUGACCUGAAGUGGCAGGUAUGAUUCUGUAACUGGUAAUAAUUAUUGUAGAUAUACACGAUAACUAUUCUGUUUGCUUGUUAUUAGGCUGAACCCAUCAAUGCAGCACCCACCAAGGCAGAACGCACCAGUGAACUUUGUCCUGUAGAUGCCAAGAAAGAACUCUUGAUGGAAUGUAACAAUAUCUGGAAGGAAUUGGAACAGUGUCAAAGCAAGAUAAUGCUUCUAGGAAUAGAAACACUGCUAAAAUCAGAUACCAAGCUUGCCUUGUUAAUGCUGCAAUGGAAAGCUUUAACAGUAGAUUAUCAAGAGUGCCAUGAGAGAAGUCCUGAAACAAUUUCUACCAAUCCAGAUGUAUUGUUAGAAUUAGGAAAAGAAGAGUUGCAGAAAGUAAAGAAUGAUCUUGAAAAGGUGCUAUCAGCAGUUUGUUCAAAGAAUAAACAACUAGAAGAAGAUCUGGAAAGAGAACAGCAGUGGUAUGAGGAACAGGAACAGAUGCUAAAUACUCUUAACAGAAUUGAAGAAGAGACAAAACCCCAAGUUGAACAACUUUACAAAACAAGAGGAUUGGAGGAACUGCGCAAUAAAAUGUUGCAAUUAAAGACAUAUAAGAAAGAACUCUUGAGUGCACUGGGUGAAUUCCUGGAUGAACAUUUUCCCCUUCCACAGGAUAGUGGAAGUGCCAUAAAAAGGAACUUUUCUUCAGAGCCAGCUGUAGAACUGCUAGCAUUGCAAGACAUUUUAGAGAUUCUGAUAAAUAAAUUAAUGACCACACCACAUGAACCUUAUGUAACAAUCAAUGAGUCGUUUUGGCCACCUUACAUUGAGCUGCUGCUGCGAUUCGGAAUGGCCCUGAGACAUCCAGAAGAUCCAAACAGAAUGCGCCUAGAAGCUUUUCACAAAUAGCGUGACCUACAUAUGUACUUAAAAACAAAACAACACCAGUACUCUUAAUCCAGACAUAGGAUGUACUUAGGCAUCAUAAUAGAUUUCUUUUAUAUCGUCAAUCACUUCUUGUUGGAUGAUUUUUUUCUAUAUUAUUGAAGAGUGUGAAAUAUGGCAAAAGAAAAAAGUCUCUUGAAAAAAAAAAAUCUCUUUAACUGCUUAACUUCUCAACUUUGCCUGCUUAAGUUGGCCUUCUGUUUUAUAACAAGAUUUGCAUUGUGGAAUCUUUAUUUCAGCUGCUUUUAUAAGAAAUAAAUUCAGGUAAUAGACAAUGCAAAGAUGUUUAAUAGUCUUUUUUACUUUAAAAAUCAUACUUUAUAUAUUACUUCUGUGUUUUAGAUUUUUUAGAUUGCCUGAAGUCUUCUUAAUUUCCUUUAGUAUUUUGCUGUAUGCAAAAUUCAGAGUAACACAGCUCCCCCUGUACAUGGCCUUGAAGAAAUUUGGAAAUAACAGAGAAGUGUCUGCUCAAGAAUGUGCCUUUGCAAACAAAUGUAUUGGCUUUGAGAUAAACAGUUGGGAAAGCUGAAACAUCUUUCUGUGCAAAGUGCUGCAGAGGUUGAGUGUGCAGCUUUACCACUACAUGCUUCCCACAUAUUGUGACCCAUAUUGUGUUAUGCUAUGUUUCUAACAGUAUCUGUCUUCGCUUUUUCAGACCUAGUUUAUCAAGGCUUGUAACAGGUCUCUGUUCUGUUGAUUGCUACAGCUUCUAAGUUAUGUCAGUUGAGGGCUUCCUUCUGACUCAAUGCUGUCAUUCUGUGUAAUCCCGGUCUUUUCUGUAGCUAUUGUUAUUGUGGACUUUGAGUACAACAAUUCUGCUUUUGCAUAUCUGUAGUGACUAUACACUUGAAAAUUAAUGUCUUUUAUUAACCAGACUGCCAUUUAUUGAUAUAGGAACUUUAAUGAUUUUUCAGUAGAUAGAAAACUAAAGGGUUGUAUACUAUCACAGAAUGGUUUUCAUGUCAUAGCUUUUAUAGAAUGGUUUUGAUGUGAUUUUAUGAUGAGUUUUAAAGGUAAUGUAAGGACGCAUGGGAGAGGAAGGGGGGACCAAUCUAAGUUCCAGUGCAAUUGCCUUUUUUAGCACAAUUAAAUGUUAAAUUAAAAAAUUAUUACAUCUUGUGUGGUUUUAAGUGAAAAUUGUUCAUUUUACCCACACAACUGAUAAUAGGCAUGAGUACAGAACCCAGUGUGUGCUGUUAUGCAUGAACAUUGACUACUUUUUGCUUCAUACUGCUUGUAUAGCUAUCCUCCUGCUGUAUUUUAACCUCCCUUAUUAAAAUACUAGCUCUGAUGUCUUGA